AUGAUUAGGUCAUCUUUAGUUAGAUUAAAUAAAAAUAAUCUUAAAACUAAAAUAUUUUCAACUUUAUUAAAAUCAAAUAAAAAUAUAAAUAAUAUAAAUAAUGAAGAAUUAAAUUUAAAUGAUAAUAGCAACAACAUUGAUAUAGCCGAAAUCAAUGAUAAUAGUAAUAAUGAGGAUAGCAAUAAUAAUAAUAAUAAUAAUAAUAGCAAUGAUAUAAAUAGUAUUAAUAUGGUUCAAGAACCAAAAAAAUUAAAUUCAAAAGAAAGGAAUUUUUUAUUUAGAAAAGAACAAAGAGAAAAAAAUAAAAUUAAAAAUAAAGACUUUGGUAAAAAUGUUAAAAAUGAAAUCGAUACAACUAUUAUUAUGGAUAAAGUUUCAUUAUCAUUGUCAAGAUGUUCAGGAUGUGGUUGCACAUUGCAGACCAAUAACCCAAAAGAACCUGGUUUCAUUCCCGAAUCUGUGGCACUGAAAAAUAUAGAGGCACUUAAUAAAGUUUCAGAGCAACAAAAAAAACAAUCAAAAAAAGAAAUUAAAAAGCAACAACAAGAAGAAAAAGAGAUGGAUGAAGAAAAUAAAAGAUUUAGUAUUUUAGAUGUCGAUACUGAAAAUGAUGGUGGUGAAGAAUAUUUUGAUGGUUUCUUUGGUAUUCAAAAAAAAUUAAAAAAUAAAGAAAAAAAAAUUUGUCAAAGAUGUCAUUUAUUAAAAAAUUAUGGUCGUGUAGCACCAGUAUCAAUUCCAAUAGAAAAGUUUAGAAAGAAUCUUAGUAAAAUAAAAGAAUUAAAUUGUGUUAUUGUUAAAGUUGUAGAUUUAAUGGACUUCCAUGGCAGCUUUAUCGAGGAUUUCAGAGAUAUUGUUGGUAACAACCCGGUAAUUAUUGUAGGCAACAAGAUGGAUUUAUUACCAAGUGAUAUUCAUAAGGAUAGAAUCGAAAACUGGAUAACAAGCGAAGCUAAAGCACGUGGUCUUGCACAUUUAUCCCAUGUAUUACUACUUUCAAGUACUAAUAAGGAUGGUAUAAAGCAAUUUAUUAUCGAAUUAGAAAAGAUUAGAAGAGGCCGUGAUGUAUUUGUUUUAGGUUGCUCAAAUGUUGGUAAGAGUACUUUUGUAAAUUCUCUUGUAGAUGAAUACAAUUCAAAGGUCGAGUUUGUAAAGAGUGAUGAUCAAAAAGAAGACAAAAAAAAGAAACUUUCAAUACAAGAACAAAAAGAACUUGAGCGUGAGAAAUUACUCCGUUCCAUUCAAUCUAAAAUCACCACAUCCAUCUUACCAGGCACCACAUUAAAUUUACUUUCAUUACCUCUUUGGAAGGAUUCAACAUUGUUUGAUACACCAGGUAUCGAUAAUCCCAAACAAAUGUUAAAACUAUUAUCACUAAAGGAACUCAGACAAGUUUUACCAACCAAACGUAUCAAACCAACAUUAGUACAUUUAAUCGAUGGCAAAACUCUAUUUAUUGGUGGUUUAGUGCGUAUAGAUUAUACAGGUCCACUUUCAACAUUUUUAGUAUACACAUCAAACUCCAUUCCACUACAUUUAACCUCAACUAAAAAAGCCGAUAAACUAUUUAAGAAACAACAAGGUAGACUUUUAACACCACCAAUUCUAUCAAAUAUUAAAGUUAAUAAAGAGGAUAACAGCACUCAAAUUGAAGCCAAAGAAAUCGAAUUUGAAAAUCAAAAUAAAAUAUCAAGCGAAAUAUUUAAUAUUAUCAAUAGCAAGACUCAAAAAACCAAUGAAGAUAUGGAAGAAACAAUUCAAGAGAUUGAUGAAAUUGACGAAAUUGAUGAAAUUGAUGAAGAAAUAAUUAAAAAAAUCGAAAACAAAUUUAAACCCAAUAAAAAAAUUGAUCGUUCAAGUGAAGAAGUAAUUAUAGAAAAUAUAGGAUUAAAAAACAACUUUUCCAUAAAGAGAAGAAAAGAACCUGUCGAAAUUAAAGAAGAGGAGGAAGAAGAGGAAGAGGUAGAAGAAGAGUUUGAUUAUAAUAAAGACUUAUCACCACUCGAUAUUGAAAAAUUAGAGAAAUUUAAAUUAGAUCAAAUAAAAGCAUUUACAAUUACAUCAGAAAAAAUUGAUUUCAAACACUCCCAUUGCGAUUUAGUUUUAUCAGGUAUUGGUUGGAUAUCAAUCAAACCAUUAUCAAAGAAAUUAAUAGCACCAAGAAUUUUAGUCCAUUCCCCAAAUAAUAUCGAUAUUAGUAUUAGAAAACAACCAUUAAUACCCUUAACUGGUUCAAAUAUUAAUAUUCUAAAAUAA